GCUUAAUUCCAUCACCAUCAGUUUAAUUCCCUACAAAUCUUUCACAUCGGUUUAUUCCUUGAUGCUAUUGAUUAUCAUUAUCAAUGUGUCAAGUAGUUCCCCUGGUCCAUGACUUUACACACGGUUGCUGACGGUGUUAAUCAUCUACCAAUGUCAGUUAUCUUCCUCCAUGACCUGCUUCUUCUUGUGUGUCUUAGUAAUAUCUACUGAUGCACUGAUUUUGGAAAAUUUCCUUCCAGUUUUCUCCUUAGAGCUCUUUGGCCACUCAGCUUUCUCCUGAUCAUCAUGUUCUCUCUAACAAGCAUGCCUUCAUCAACAUCAGCUCUAUCAGCAUAUACCUCUUUCACUGCAUUCGUAAUGCUGCUCCGGACUCUCAUCAAUGAGUUCAAAACCAUAAUCACCCAGCUCAUUCCAAAACAACUCCAAGAGAAUUUCUUAUCGAGGCUUGAAGGCUUUUUUGGAAGUCUCUCAUCAUCUCAAAUGACUCUUGUCGUUGAUGAAUACAACGGGCUUUCCAUCAACGAAAUUUACCAGGCUUCUGAACUCUAUUUAACCACAAGAAUUACCCCUUCAAUCCGACAGCUUAAGGUUUUCAAGACCCCGUGUGAGAAGAAGCUCUCCAUCACCGUCAACAAAGGAGAAAAGAUUGUCGACAUAUUCGAGGGAAUACAUUUCACAUGGGAAUUCGUUUCCACCGAAAAGCAGAAAUCAUAUUAUGAUUCUGAAAGGGGCUCUCAGGCAACAGAAACAACUGAAAGUAGAUCAAUUCUACUCAAUUUUCCCAAGAAAUACAAAGAAGAGGUACUCAACACUUAUCUGCCACAUGUGGUUGGCAUAUCAAAAGCCAUACAGGAAGAAAAUAAGGUGUUGAAACUCUAUUCACUCGGACGCUUCUUCACAUGGGAAUACAUUCAUCUUGAACACCCAUCCACUUUUGAUACACUGGCAAUGGAUCCAAAGCAAAAAAGAGAUUUGAUGGAUGACUUGGACAGAUUUGUGAAGAGAAGGGACUUUCAUAGGAGAGUGGGAAAGGCAUGGAAACGUGGUUACCUUCUAUAUGGUCCUCCUGGUACAGGCAAGUCAAGCUUGAUAGCAGCCAUGGCUAAUUACCUGAAAUUUGACAUCUAUGAUUUGGAGCUUACAAAUUUAAGUAGCAAUUCAGAGCCCAGGAGACUGUUAGCCUCUAUUGCAAAUCGAUCUAUUCUUGUAAUUGAGGAUAUUGAUUAUAUCAUUGAACUUCAAGACCGAUAUCGAUAUGGAGGAUCCGAUGAUGCCGAUAGCCAGCUAACACCAUCUGGGUUGCUUAAUUUUAUGGAUGGGCUAUGGUCAAGCUGUGGAGAAGAGAGAAUUAUUGUGUUCACAACCCACCACAAAGACAUAAUCAAAAAUCCUCCAUAUGAAGAUAUGCCCGAAGAAGAAAAAGAAGAAGAAGACUCUGAAUAUGACGAUGAGCCUGAAGAACAUCUAGACCCUUCAUUCUUGAGACCAGGCCGCAUAGACAUGCACAUCCACAUGUCGUAUUGCACUCCAUGUGGGUUCAAGAUCCUUGCUUCCAACUACCUGAGAGUUGAAAGUCACAGCCUGUUUGCUGAAAUAGAAGAACUAUUAAAGCAAGUGGAGGUCACCCCGGCAGAGGUUGCAGAAGAACUGAUGAAAAACGACGACGUUGACAUCGCCCUUGCAGGACUGGUUACAUUCCUUCAACGUCUAAAUGGUUUAAUAUAGCCAAUUGGGUUGAAUUGAGAGUUCGGCCCAUUCAAGCAAUAGUUAAGCCAUUUCAGUUGUAAAAGUUGUUAGUUUGUUAGCUGGGCCGUGAAAGUCGUUAUGGGCUUCAGUCUAUAAAAGGCCCAUCAAUGUUAUUGUAAAAACCGUCUGUUUCAAUUGAAUAAUUAGUCGGUCCCCUUGCAGAGCUACUAAUAAAA